GCAUACAUACACAUCCAUUUAUUAAUGUCAAAGCCAAAUUCAUCAGUAAUGUUUUCCACCGUUGAUUGCUAAAUCAUAAAUCAAUAAAUUUUGCACAAGUGACCAGAAUAUUUAUUUCCGCAAAAGAAGCGAAUGGAAGUCAAGUGGCAGAGAAAGCACCACUCGCAAAACAAAAUUUUAUGCUGUUUUUUCGUGAUUUAAAAAAUGAGAACAUAUUUAAAUACAUUUCUAUCAAUGCGUUUAAUGUGGAUAUUGUUGUUGAUCUUAAAUGAUCUGUGUUCUGGUGUCGUCGUAAAAACUACUGGAAUUAUAAGACUUGAACUUAACGCCCAGAGAGCGACGGGAAUUUGGACGGCUACAGGAAAUAAUGCGUCUCAUGUUAUCUCGAUACCGGCUGAAAUACCCGGGUGAAUAUUUUCCGACCUGGAAGCCAGUCAACUUCUGUCUUCCGAAAUAUACCAUGAUUACAAUGACAUGGAAUCCAAAUGGGUUGGUCGAGUUAAUUGGACUUUUUCCAGGAGAUUUACAAUAAAAGAACCUUUAUUUUCGAAACGAAAAAUCGUCCUAGUUUGUGAAGGAUUGGACACAAUUUCCGACAUAUUUAUUAACGAUAUAUUUAUCGGAAGUAGCAAAAAUAUGUUUGUCCGCUACAUUUUUGAUAUCAAGGCAGCUUUGACGGUGGGAACAAACACGAUAAAAAUAGCUUUCACGUCCCCAGUUGAAUAUGCAUCCAAAGAAUACACAAACCAUGAGGAAGCGUUCGGUUAUCCGGUAACGCCUCCGAAUUUGGUGCGAGAAUAUCGAGGGGAGGAUAAGGCUCAGAUGAUUCGGAAGAUGCAGGCGUCCUUCUCGUGGGACUGGGGUCCUUCAUAUGCAAGUUCUGGAAUAUGGAAAAACAUUUACAUUGAAGGAAUCGACACCGCCGUGAUCCGAGAUGUGCUUAUCUUCACAACUCCAAACAAACCGAUUCCGGAUGAAACGGCGGAAACGGAGUGGGCCCUGACGGCUCGCGUGUAUUUUGACGUAGCCCGAAACGAUGAACGCGGCACGUUGACCUUACGUCGUAUUUCGCCAGGAAUGAGCAAUAGCAAUCCUCAUCCUGUUCGAACCACGGUCAGCUUAUCGUCACGAGGAGGGUCGGAUGAUGAGUCUCAAGACAUCGUCAUCAUUAUACCUGGGAAUCAUGCCAAAUUGUGGUGGCCGAAUGGUUACGGCGAUCAAAACCUGUACACCUAUGAAAUCUCGUAUGUUUCUCGUACAUCGGAGGAAACUAGCAGUCAAAGAGUUCAAGUGGGAUUCAGAACUGUUAAUCUUGUCCAAGAUUUAGUGAACGAAGAGAAACCACAAUGGGGUCGAGAAUUUUAUUUCAAAGUGAACGGCAUGAAAAUGUAUUCGAAAGGAUCAAAUUCAAUUCCGAUCCACGUUCUACCAGAGAAAGUUACAAGAGAUAUGACAAAAUGGUUGCUGAAAUCCGCGAAGGAGCUGAAUUCUAAUAUGAUAAGAGUUUGGGGAGGUGGGAUUUAUGAGUCGGAUUACUUUUAUGAGGCAAGUUAUCCAAGCUACGUAUGUAUGUAUUUAUUUGUUACAUUUUAAAUAUAUGGGAGUAAGAGAACUGUUCUAAAUG